CAUUUAGUGCGGCCUCGCAGAUUAAAUGAAACGCGCUGGAAAAAUCAAAGGAAAUCUUCACAUAUUUUCUCGCAGCAAACUCAACAACGAAAUUUGGAAAUUUGGAAUCUCAAACCAACAACAAUUAAAUAAUUCCCAAAACUUGAGACAUGUCUUGCUUCCAAUUGAAAUUGUGGCGCAGAGUCUUCAGCCUGCUGCUGCUGUUGUUGCUAGUUACUUACACCGCUGCUCGCCCAAUAGUCGACGGCAUGGAUAUUGAGAUGGAUGCUGAUUUCGGCGAUCUCUUUGAAGUGGGCGAUGGUUUUGUGGUUUACAACACUUCUCACGAUAUCAAAGCCGAGGAAGAAGUCAUUUGCACCGAGCGGGUGAAAGGUCAAACAUUUUGCACAGAAGUGGCAAAUUAUUUGGAAGCCGCCCAACUGAAUAAAUUCACCAAAGAUGAUUUCGAAAAGUUCCGUCCAUAUUUCAAAGAUGACUUCGUGCAGGAGACACCGAUAGCGAAUCGUAUGAGCGACGAAAUCGAUGAGUCGUAUUAUUGUGAGAGUAGAACGCGUUUAAUUUAUCCGAAGUUGGCGGAAACAGUCGAAUCCAAAUGGCUAAUGGUUGUGCAGCACCAACAAUACAAGCAGGGCAUUGUGGUGGAGCAGUGUGCAAAUGAAGAUGCGCCCUGUAAAUAUGAUGAUCUGCUGCCGUUUGGUGUUAAGUCGCGAUGUAGGCAGCAUUAUGUGUACAGAAGUUUGGUGGUGUUGGUGGAUGGGGAAAUGCAGGAGCGCUCGAUGAAGUUGCCCAGCGCUUGCAAAUGUGCGCUGAGGGAUAUGCGUAGGAGUUAACGGUAUUUUUGGUAGCCGUAGUUGGUAUAAAUUUUUGCUAAGCAUAAUUGUUAAAUAGUUUUAAGAAAUGUAAACUUCCGACUGUUCUCUGUUUACCACUUGUAAGAAUAAUAAUACAAU